CAGGAAGGAGCCGCUGGCCGCUGGCGGAGUGCGGCGGGGAGAGUGAUGCAGGAGAGCCGCCGGAGGAACAGACUGGACCGGCGGAGGGUUCGGAGGAUGAGCCGGGUGGAGGAGGGUGUGCUGAAGAAACUGCUACCAAAGGACGAAGGAAGUGACUGGGACAGUGAUGACGUAUUAAAACCUGGUGCUAGUAGCGAUGAAGAACCGACAGAAGAAGAAAUCCUGGAGAACAUCCAGAGACAGAAGGAGAUCAUAGAAGCCAUCCGCAAACAGCCCUGGAGGAUGAAGAAAAAGCUCAAGACACUCAAAGUUGCCCAGGACUACCUUGAAAAAUACGAGGGGAAACUUUCAAAGAGCAGGGGAUACCAAGAGGCAACUGAGAGGGUUUGGAAGAAAAUUAGGAGAGAACUUGCGAACUUUGCAUCAUUCUUUAUCCCUUGGGACACCAGGAUAAAAACGAUAGAAAGUUACUUUGGAUCGGUGGUGGCAUCAUAUUUCAUUUUCCUGCGGUGGCUGUUCUGGAUAAACAUCGCCCUGUCCAUUUUGAUGCUGUCAUUUGUGGUUCUCCCAGAGCUUCUCGUGGGUUUAGAGUACGGUUCCUUACCAAGGAAGGCGGUACCAGAACCAGAAAUUAAACUAUAUACGUGUGGCUAUCUGAAGUUCUCCGUGCUGUUCUACGGUUACUAUAGUAACCAGAAGUCCAUCGGCAGUGGGUACCAGCUACCGCUGGCGUAUUUCCUGACGGGGAUAGGCAUGUUUGUCUACAGCUUCGUCGUCAUUCUCAGAAAAAUGGCGAAGAACUCCCGCAUGGCGAAGCUGUCCACUGAAGAUGACCAGUUCACGUUCUGCUGGAAGGUGUUCUGUGGCUGGGAUUACCUCAUCGGACAGUCAGACACCGCUGAUAACAAAUUUGCUGCCAUCUCAACUGGAAUCAGGGAGGCCAUUCUUGAAGAAGAGGAAAAGAAUAAAGACGAAAGAAGUAUGAAGGAAAAAUGCCUGAUCCUGAUCCUCCGGAUCCUGGCUAACUUCAUGAUCAUGAUCCUACUCGCUGGAAGCGGCUACGCGAUCCAGCUGGUGGUGGAGAGAUCCGAGCAGUUCGAGAAGAUGGAUCAGGCGCUCCUCAACUGGUGGGAACAGAAUGAGGUUUCCAUAGUAGUGUCGAUCAUCACCAUAGUGUUCCCUGUGUUCUUCGACCUGAUUGGUCAGAUGGAGAAGUACCAUCCCCGCGUCAUGCUACAGUGGCAACUGGCCAGGAUCAUGGUCCUGAACUUGGGUAACCUCUACACGCUGAUGAUUGCACUCUUCAAGAAGGUCAACAACCUGGCCGAAGAGGCAAGAAAAGCAAGGGUGGCUCUGGACACUUUGCACCAGGUGUCCGAGAACGCCAGCUGGGCUCUCCAGAACGUGACGGCAUCAGGUAUGAUUCAGGAGAUCCUACAGCUUGACGAGCACAUGCUGGAGAGCACGAACGACACGCAGGUGGUGGACGCUCUCACCAGACUGGCUGGGAUCAAGGAGCAAUGCUGGGAAACAAUCGUGGGGCAGGAGAUGUACAAAUUGUCCGUCUUUGACAUGAUCGCCACCUUGGUGACUACCAUCAUAGUGGACUUCCUCCGCGGACUGUUUGUGAGGUUUGCUAACUAUUGUUGGUGCUGGGACCUGGAAGCCAAAAUUCCCGGCUAUGGCGAGUUCGGCGUUGCUGAGAAUGUGCUACACCUCAUCUACAAUCAAGGGAUGAUCUGGAUGGGGGCGUUUUUCGCGCCUUGCCUGCCUGUCCUGAACGUGCUGAAGUUGAUAGCGCUGAUGUACCUGCGCAGCUGGGCAGUCAUCAUGUGUAACACUCCUCACCAGCGGGUCUUCCGCGCCUCCAGGUCCAACAACUUCUACUUCGUCCUGCUGCUCAUCAUGUUGUUCCUGAGCAUGCUCCCCACGGGCUACGUCAUGGUGUCUAUAGAACCUUCCAGGAACUGUGGACCGUUUAGUGGCCGGCGGCGCAUGUUUGACAUCAUCCCAGACACGGUACAGGAACAGUUCCCGGCCUGGCUCACCACUGUCCUCAGCUACAUGAGCACUGCUGGGGUCAUACUGCCCGUCUUCAUGCUACUCGUAAUGGCGAUAUACUACCUACAAUCUUUGGUUCGAUCGUACAAAGAGGCCAACAACGAUCUAAGGAUACAACUGCAAUACGAAAGGACAGAAGGAAAAAAGAAAGUUUACGAAAUGUCGGCGGCUAAGAACGACCAGAGCGACGGCUCUGGCUCCAGCCACGUCAGGUCCCGACACAAGGCUCAGGUCCCUAACGGCCGCCUUCCCCCGGGAACACCACUGCCGAGGUUCGGGCCCAAGGCCGGGUCCCGAGGGCCCGGAGGGUCUGUCGGGUUCCAACGGGCGUUCUCUCCACAAGUCAGGUUCCUUCCCGUGCGGCAGUACGUCAACCCGUACGAAGGCGUGAUCCUGACCCCCCACCACCAGCAGAUGGUACAGUCCCAGCCGCACCAGCGGUUCCGCCGCCUGCAGUACACCCCCCAGCCCGGCACCAGGCUCGUGGCCGUCCCCAUGGGACACACGGCGGGCAGGGGCACACAACCGCACCAACAACCGCACCAACAACCGCACCAACAACCGCAUCCUCAAUCUCACCCACAACCGCCCCCUGGCGGAUUCGGACAGCAAAGGAGAAUGACGACAGGGAGGCUUUCCGCACGAGGAGCGGCUUCCAUUCUCGUUCCCGAGGGCUAUCAGUUGGUACAGGUCCAUGCGGACGCUGGAGACGAGGCUGCCUCCUCCCAGGAGACCUCAUUCGUAGACGAGGACUUCGACAGCAUCGGUUAG